CCCUGUACUGCUUUCACUUCCGUGUUUAUGUACGAGAGCAGACUGUGUGGAGGGAACUGGUUCAGAGUCAGCUGCUCUGUCACUAAAACGACUUCACCAACAAUGAAACUGAAUUGAGAUCAGCUCCUGUUUUACAUAUGCCGCAAUUUGGCGUCCUGGUUCCUCCUGUGACUGACUGUCAGCUGAGCAGAACCAGGAUCAGGACAUCCAGUCAAACAGGACAUCCAGCCAUACACAGCGAAGCUGCUGUUCUCAGACUUGGUAGACAUGGCAAUGACAAAUCCCCCCAAGAUAAAGACUGCGAUUGCUGCAGAUGAGAGGCUGAACAACUUGAAAAGUACCUUUGAAGCAAAGUAUGGAGAAUCUCCUCUCUUCUAUGCACGCGCUCCAGGAAGAGUGAAUCUGAUAGGAGAGCACAUUGAUUACUGUGGCUAUUCUGUGCUUCCAAUGGCUAUUGAGCAAAGUAUCCUGGUCGCUGUGACGGUCAACACUUCAGGCACGAUCCAGCUCGCCAACACUACUCCUCAAUACAAGGACUUCACUGUGUCGUGUUCAGAGGACAUCGCCAUCGACAAAGACAAUCCAAAGUGGCAUUAUUAUUUUCUCUGUGGCGUUAAAGGAAUUCAGGAGAAGUUUGGAAUCGCUCGUCUAUCGGGGAUGUUGUGUGUUGUUGAUGGAACUAUACCUCCGAGCUCUGGUCUGUCUAGUUCUAGCGCUUUAGUUUGUUGUGCUGGCCUUGCAACGAUGGAGGCAAAUCAGAAAUCCCUAUCCAAGGUGGCGCUCGCAGAGAUAUGUGCCAAAUGUGAGCGCUACAUUGGAACAGAGGGAGGUGGCAUGGACCAGUCCAUCUCUUUCCUGGCUGAGAAAGGAACUGCAAAGCUGAUAGAGUUCCAGCCUCUGCGAGCCACUGAUGUCAAACUCCCAGAUGGGGCCAUGUUUGUGAUUUCCAACUGCUGUGUGGAAAUGAACAAAGCUGCUUCUUCUCACUUUAAUAUCCGUGUGGUGGAGUGUCGAAUUGCCACAAAGAUGCUGGCCCAGGUGAAGGGCCUGGACCCGAGCAGUGUGAUGAAGCUGGCUGAGGUUCAGAAGGCACUGAACACCUCCCUGGAGGAGAUGCUGGCUCUGGUGGACCAAGUGUUACAUCCUGAGCCGUACAGUCGGGAAGAGAUCUGCAAAGUGCUGUGCGUCACCUCAGAGCAGUUCUCCACUGAACUCCUGAGCGCCAACACUCAGCAUGUAACUCACUUUAAGCUUCACCAGCGAGCCAAGCACGUGUACGGUGAAGCUGCGCGAGUGCUGCAGUUUAAGACCGUGUGCGACUCUAAACCUGCCGAGUCCAUACAGCUACUGGGAGAGCUGAUGAACCAGAGCCAUGCAAGCUGCAGAGACCUGUAUGAGUGCAGCUGUCCUGAACUGGACCAGCUGGUGGACAUCUGCCUGAAGUCAGGGGCUGUGGGCUCCCGGCUGACAGGAGCAGGUUGGGGCGGCUGUGCUGUCUCCAUGGUUCCCAGUGAGAAGGUGGAAUCUUUCUUGCAGGCAGUUAGAGCGGCGUAUUACCUCCCUGAUGCACGCAGAGCAGCCAUGGAAAAACAGAGUUUGUUUGUAUCAAAGCCGGGUGGAGGAGCCGCAAUUUUCCUUGAGGAGUGAAAUUCAUCAAAGCUAUGACAUCAUUUAAAAAAAAAAGGAAUACAAGGGUUAAAAUUAACUUCACUGGUGCAUUAAUUCUUACACUAGGAUUAUGAGUUUUGUGUCACGAUUUCUCUUAUUACUAUUUUUGUAUAGUUACAUUUUCUACUGUUUAAACUCUGUUUUAAUAGGUAGUAAUCAAUCAAUUGCAUGUUUAAUUUGUAAGAAAAUAAAAGAUAAAAUGCA